UCCCCUCCCCCCCCCCUUUCCCACCCAAGCACUGCGAUGCCUGUGCCCUGUGCCUGUGCCUGUGCCUGUUUCACAGAAGAGGUGCGUGCUUUCACUUUUCCAACCACACGCCAGAGCGAAGGGACCUUUGCUGCGCACUUGCGAGUCUCCCCUUCUGCUCGGUUCCUGCUCCCUCUUCGGCGCGAGCGGUUUGUUUUGCCUCCCAGCUCAACACCAGCGCCACUUUCUGCUCGUGCGCGAGGUUCAAGCCCCCAUCACCAGCCCAGCUGUCUUGACGCUUCUGCUGACACCCGGCCACAUAUCGGCUUUCGUCUCGUUGCCAUCACAAGGCUCAGCUAACCUCCCUCACCUUCACACACUCCUGAAGGAGCACCUUGCACUUCCGCUCCUUUCGAUCCAGUCCGCCACAUCAUCACCGCUUGGGCUCGACUGUCGUCUCUCGUUGACGGGAAACCCCGCGCACUCUCCGGUCCCUCAUUUCCUCACCUGCCGGGUUGCCUCCACUGAAGUCGACCCUCUUGUCUUGUGGCACCUUCACGCGCGACUGUCGCCAGCACCUCUGCCUUUGGCCCUCCCUGUCCCAUCACGCACCCAUCGCUUCCGUCGUCUACGGUUCGACUUGAUUCGAGUGCACACCACUCAAGACAGCCCAAGACCACUUGCACCCUCCCUCGCCACCAGUACCGCAAAGCCAUCACGAACCGCAGAUCCCUCUUCCACUGCUCUUUGAACUACAACCGUACCACCACCACCACCAGCAGCAGCACCAACAACAAGAACACCAGCAUCAACAAUUGGACAGGACUCGUCAGCGGCACACGAACCAUCAUGACGACCAGGACGGGAGCCACCCCGACGCGAACUGCAGCGGGGACGUCGCUGACGGCCGACAAGAAGGGCAACGCAUACCGCUCGAGCCUGCGCAUUACCAAGAGCCCAACACCGGGCAAGAGCAUCUACUCUGUGCUUGUGGAGCGCGGGUAUGUGAUGAAGGAGACGAUUGGCGUUGGUGGAUACUCCAAGGUCAAGCUCGCUGUUCACCGCAAGACCAAGCAGAAGGUUGCGAUCAAAGUCAUCAGCAAGCGCAGCGCCCCCGACGGCUACCUCGACAAGUUUCUCCCGCGCGAAAUCUCCGCGCUCGAGCGGGCGCGCCAUCGCCGUAUCACCGACAUCUACGAGGCCAUCUUCACCACGGACCACGUGUUCCUUGUCAUGCAGUACGCCUGUGGCGGCGACCUGCUCGAUUUUAUCAACAAGGGCGGCGCGCUCACGGAGGACCGCGCACGUGCCAUCUUCUAUCAGCUCAUGGAGGCACUUGGGCACUGCCACGCCCUUGGCAUCUACCACCGCGACCUCAAGUGCGAGAACAUUCUUCUGGACGACAGCAACAACAUCCUCGUGUCGGAUUUUGGGUUUGCCACCGUGGUGGACUCGCCGAGCACGUGGCUCAUGACGCACUGCGGAUCGUAUGCGUACGCAGCGCCAGAGAUCCUGGAUGGACGGCCCUACCACGGCGACAAGAGCGAUGUGUGGAGCCUGGGGGUGGUGCUGUAUGCAAUGACGUGCGGGCGCCUCCCCUUUCGUGACAAGACGGUGAAGAUGCUGCUAGAGGACAUUCGCCGCGGCGUCGUCUUUCCCCGCGUCCUCUCACGAAGUCAGCCGCCCUGUUUCGGUGAUGGUGGUUUCGGUGCUGGUGGUGGUGGUUGUCGUCGUCGUCGUCGUGGUUGUGGUCGUCGUCGUGGUGGUCGUGGUGGUCGUGGUCGUGGUGGUUGUGGUCGUCGUCGUGGUGGUCGUGGUGGUCGUGGUCGUGGUGGCUCGGUUGUUGCUCUGAUUAACAUGGAAUCAACACACCCAUCGCCGGCAACGCCCCGCAAAUCGUCCACCGCACAGCCGCAACACCAACACCCACACCAGCACCAGCACCAGCACCAGCACCAACAGCAGCAGCAGCAACACAAGCAACACAAGCACCAGCACAGCAGUGACGAUUCAUCACACAAGAACGCGAGCGUCAAACUCCCUCCACUUCGCGACCUCAAACUCUCCCCACCCCCAAAGCCCUCCAAUGCCAGCACGGCGAAAGGAUCGUCGCGCUCGUCUGUCGUGAGCCAAUUCCGCUCGCUGUCGCAGGUGGUCGGCCCCUUCACGUGCGACCGCGGGUACAGCAGCAGCAGCAGCAGCAACAACAAGCAGGGGGGACUGCACCAGCAGCCGCAGAUUGGAGUGAAGGGCCGCCCGGCCUCGCGCAUGGGCCGAAUCAAGAAGCGGUUCCAGCGCUUUCUCUAG